AGAUGCAUAUGAUUGGUGGAAUGUUAUCUCUCCAGUCCAACAACCAAUCAUGUGCUAUCAUUAUUAUCAUUCAUUGUGACCAACCGAAGUAUUUAGCUGAAAACUUUUUUAGGGGUACCCGAUAUUUCUGGGCACCCUGUAGUGGGGUAUUCAAUUGAUAAAUUAUUACGUGAAUACAUCGAGCAUUUUGCUCAGUUCACUGAAUCACAGAUAAAGAGAGUUUUCUGUUGCACGUGUGAGAAGUUCAGGAAAUAGAGUGAACUUGUAUUUCGUGAAUUUGACAGUUUAAAUUUCAAAAUGGCUUCAAAGAAGAGAGCAUUAAUCAGUGUCUCGGACAAAACCGGAUUGCUAGAAUUCGCUGAAAGACUAGCUCAGAAUAAUUACGAAAUAAUCGCGUCCGAUGGCACCACUUCGUACUUACAAAGUGCGAAAAUCUCCGCUAAACGGAUUACAAAUGUGACAAAAAGUCCGGAAAUGCUGGGAGGACGAGUGAAAACAUUGCACCCAGCGAUAUUCGCCGGUAUUUUGUCUCGAAACACGGAAUCUGAUUUGAAAGAUAUCGAAGCGAAUCAAUUUAAUUUGAUUGAUAUUGUCGUCUGUAACUUGUACCCAUUUAGUUCGGUUAUUCAGAAACCAAACGUUACUCAAGAUGAUGCGAUUGAAAAUAUUGAUAUUGGUGGAGUGGCACUCAUACGAGCAGCGGCGAAAAAUCAUGAACGAGUAGCUGUUAUCUGCGACAAUGCUGAUUACGAAACUGUGAUUAGUGAAAUUACUAGUUCAACAUCAGGCGAUGUAUCUUUGGAGACAAGACGACGAUUAGCAACGAAAGCUUUUUCGUACACAUCAAAUUACGAUUCCAUAAUCAGCGAUUACUUCCGUAAAGAAUUUCAUAGCAACGUAGAUCAAAGAAAUUUGAAAUAUGGAAUCAAUCUUCAUCAAAAACCAGCUCAAAUUUACAGCAAUGAUGGGUCAUUACCAUUAAAAGUUUUAAAUGGUUCUCCAAGUUACAUAAAUUUAUGCGAUGGUCUAAACGGUUGGCAAUUAGUACGAGAGUUAAAACAAGCCCUAAAUUUACCAGCAGCUACUUCAUUCAAACACGUCAGCCCUGCAGGAGUUGGUAUUGGAGUGCCAUUAGCGCUAGAUGAGAGUCAAUUUUGCAUGGUAUCUGAUUACAAUGAACUUUCACCUUUGGCAGCUGCCUAUGUCAGAGCUAGAAGAGGCGAUCCUAUGUCUUCAUUUGGUGAUUUUAUCGCUUUAUCGGAUGUUUGCGAUGUUUCUACAGCUCAAAUUAUAUCUAAAGAGGUCAGCGACGGUAUUAUCGCACCCGGAUACGACGAACAAAGUUUGGAAAUUUUGAAAAAGAAGAAAAACGGCGCAUAUUGUAUACUUCAAAUUGAUCCUAAUUACGAACCAUCUUCGGUCGAAAGCAGAACCAUCUUCGGGUUAACUUUACAGCAAAAAAGAAAUGAUGCUUCUAUCAAUGAAAAAUUAUUAUCAAAUGUGGUUACCAAAACUAAAGAACUUUCAGAAGAAGCGAAACGAGAUCUGAUUAUCGCAACAAUAACGGUUAAAUACACUCAAAGUAAUUCAGUCUGUUAUGCCAAAGGUGGUCAAGUAAUCGGAGUUGGUGCUGGACAACAAUCUCGUAUUCAUUGUACUCGUUUAGCUGGGGAAAAAGCAAACAACUGGUGGUUACGUCAUCAUCCCAACGUCUCUCAAUUAAAAUUCAAAAAAGGAGUCAAACGAGCCGAAAUAUCGAAUGCUAUUGACUUUUAUGUUACUUCAGAUCCUUCAAGUGUAACCAAGGAAGAAUUACAAGAAUGGUUGUCUUUCUUCGACGAAGCCCCUAAAGCACUCAGUCAAGAAGAGAAAAAUAAAUGGAUUAGUCAAUUAAGCAAUGUAGCUUUAUCAUCUGAUGCAUUUUUCCCAUUCAGAGAUAACGUAGAUCGCGCUAAACAGAGUGGUGUCAAAUAUAUAGUAUGUCCCGCCGGAUCAGUUAUGGAUAAAGCAGUUGUUGAAGCAUGUGACCAACAUGGCAUUAUCCUAAUCCAUACCGAUUUACGUUUAUUCCAUCAUUAAGAUAAAUAAUAUCGAGUGUAAAAACAAAACUGUCAUUCUUUUUUUAUAAUCGAAAAAAUUAAUUUCAAUGAUUCUUUCAUAUUGUAUUUUAAUUUUAAUGUAGCCGUUUUUUGUUUAAAAAAUACAUAUUUUUUCAAAUUAGUUAAAAAAUUAUUUUUUUCUAAAUAAAAGUGCUUUUUAUACCUGAA